ACGGGUUGAUCCAGAAAAGCAUGGACUCCACCAGCCCUUUAAGUGACAUCGUCUCUCCAGAGUCGACGGUGACAACACUGCUGUCAAGUUCUGGCCACUUCAGGAGCAGCCUAACGUCUCCCGGGUUCAACACAACCUUCAGAUACAGAAAUAAGGAAUACGAGUCAGCCUCUGCAGCGUUGGAUGCCUACAUCGCAGACUUUGACAGAAGACGAAACGUCGAGUCACCGGGAAGUCUGGUCCUGCCACAGAGUCCGUUGUCCACCCCGAGAAGAGCGCCAAUGAGCGCACGCAGAAACAAAUGCGUUCUCCGGGAAGCUUUAACCGACAGAGAGGUGGAUUUCCUGACCCUCCCCGUCAGUUCCCUCCGUCACCGCGACAACCGCGAUAGACUUUCGAUGACCACCGACGAACUGCUGUCCAUCCCCCGCGAUGGUUCCAUGCCUGUCACCCACACAACUGCCUUCAUCCAAGGUCGCUCGUCUCAAUCUGCGGCCUCUCAAAGCCGUGGCUCGUCCAAACCGGGGUACGGAGCAGGGGAUAACGUAUCCCAGCCACAUUUAAGAAGCAAUUGCCGCAGCUGCAGGUGGAACGUAGAACCCGAAAUCUCCACUUUGAAACAGGACGUCCCCUUUGUCAGAUGCUUAACAUGUGCCCACAGGGCGGCGAGGGCAGAGCAGGAAUCGCUGUCGUCGUCGCCCCAUUUACAACGCGGGGAUAAUGAGAACAAGGCAGAGCUGGGCCGCUCUGGGAUCAGCAGCGUGCCUGCCUGGAUCCAAGAUUGUGACCUUGUCGGGCCACUAAACCUAUCAGAGGUCUACUUUUCUGACAAGCUUGGUGGCGUACCUCCAGUAGCAUCAAUAAGCACUGCACCCUCUUGGUUUGCAAACACAAAGGAUGAAGCUGGCAGGACACCUGAUCAGGGUGACACCCAGCAGUGUCUAAAAGAUCUAAGGAUCCAGUUUGCCGAAGAGAUAUCUUUGAUGGCUUCAGAGAGAAAAAGCUCCGACUUCUCAGAAUCUCUUGUGAGAGACCACCGGCUCGAGUCACUGAUCCACAAAGCGGAUGAAGUGCUGAACUCGCUUUCCCGCAGUUUUGCAAGAAGAGAAAGUCUUGCCGAUUCAGAAUUGAAUAGUGAAGAAAUGAAGCUCUGUUCAACUUCACGAGGUCCUCCUGCCCCUACAGAAUCGGAGGGAGCGGCAGAGGUCAUCGAGGGGGCUCUGCCAGAGGAAAGCGAGCAGGACUUUAGUCGUGACGGUAGCAGCGUCUGCAAGCAACCCGGCCCAUUGGAGGCUCUGAAACAGAUGAUGUUUCGACUGCAGGCCGUGGAGGCGGAGCUUCACCGACAACAGCAUUUACCCAUCGCGCAGCCUUGCGGGAAAGACACUCAAAGGAGGCCCAAAAGUGAAGCGGAACCAGAUUUAUCUGCUGCGCCGUCACUACAAAGGGCCCUUCAUCACCUCAAUCGCCUGAAGCUGCUGUUGGAGGAACCGAGAGAAAAACAUGAGGAAGAGGAGGAUAUAGACGAAGGACAGUACUCUUCUUCAUCUGCGGGAUUCCCGUUCAAUAUGGAAACUGUGACAGACGGAGACGUUUCGAGUCAGUGUCACCGGUAGCGCAGCCCUUCCCCACGUAAACAUGAGCAGCGUCGUUGCUAAUAACGAGCCGCAGCAAUCGCUAGUCAUCUUUCCAUCAGUCCCAUUUGCAAGUAGCAAUGAUGCUAACGCCGUAUGAAGGAUCAUCAGUUUAAAAUGAUUCUUUUUUACAUUAUAAUGCGGGAUUAUGUUUCCGGGUUGCUCCGUUUCUUCAAAGCUCACUG